AAGCCUAUUGCAGCAAGUGGCGGCAGCAGUGGCGGCGCCCGAAAGUGACGUCACAGGGCGCGCUCUAUGGAAACCGGGGCCAUGACGUAAAUUAAGCGUGCCGCGUCCGCUUCCUUCCCUUCCCUCGCCACGCUCCGAAGAGGAGUACGACGAUGGCCGGGUUCCGGGCGCUGGGCCUGGCGCCGUGGCUGGCGGCGCAGGCGGAGCAGCUGGGCCUGAAGGCACCAACCCCGGUCCAGGAGGCCUGCAUCCCCCCCGCCCUCAGAGGCCGUGACUGCAUGGGUUGUGCCAAGACGGGGAGUGGGAAGACGGCUGCCUUUGUGCUUCCCAUCCUGCAGAAAUUGUCUGAAGAUCCGUACGGCGUUUUCUGUCUUGUGCUGACACCGACCAGAGAGCUGGCCUACCAGAUUGCUGAACAGUUCCGAGUCCUUGGGAAGCCACUGGGCCUGAAAGAUUGCAUCAUUGUGGGCGGAAUGGAUAUGGUCACUCAGGCGCUAGAGCUUUCCCGGAAGCCACAUGUCGUCAUUGCAACUCCAGGCCGGCUGGCUGACCACCUCCGGAGCUCCAACACCUUUAGCCUUCAGAAGAUCAAGUUUUUGGUCCUGGAUGAAGCUGACCGGUUACUGGAGCAGGGCUGCACUGACUUCACCAAAGACCUGGAAGUCAUCCUGGCGGCGGUUCCAGCCAAGCGGCAGACGAUGCUCUUCAGUGCCACCCUGACAGACACACUGAAUGAGCUCAAGCAGAUCGCAAUGAACAAGCCGUUCUUCUGGGAGUCCACAUCUGAUUCCUGGGAAGAUGGUGGAACUGGAAGAAGGGCGUUCCCUGAAUGCCUAAGAACCUGGAUUUCUCACCUGUGCAAAGGGGUGCACUUAUCAGACACGAUGUUGGCUUCUUUGGCAACUCCCCAUUGCAAAGGAGGAAGGAAGUCCAAUUCCAUAUGCCUGACGUUCCUUGUGUUCUCUCUGCCAGGUCGGCAUGGCAUUGCCAUCACACUGGUGACGCAGUAUGACAUUCAUCUCGUCCAUGCCAUCGAGGAGCAGAUCAAAAUGAAGCUGCAGGAGUACUCUGUGGAGGAAAGAGAUGUGCUGAGCAUCCUCACCCAAGUGAACGUGGUGCGCAGAGAAUGCGAGAUCAGACUGGAAGCAACUGAUUUUGAUGAGAAGAAGGAAAUCAACAAGCGAAAGCAGAUGAUCCUAGACGGAAAGGACCCAGAUCUGGAGGAGAAGCGGAGGGCUGAGUUGGCCAAGAUCAAGAAGAAGAAUGGUGAGUUCCGCAGCAAAGUCCAGCAGACCCUGCAGGAGAGGCAGCAGCUGCAGCUGCGACAGAAACUGCAGAAGCGCAAGAGUCGGCAGCAACAGAAACAAGCAGUCGCUGGCAAAGAAGCAUCAGCCCCCCUCCUACAACCUGUUGUAGGGAGUGAGGAGCAAGAGAUGCUUUGAACCUGACGUUUUGUUUGGAGUUGGAGGUGGGAAGGAUGGGGACCAGCCAUGGUCUUCUCCAGCCAGGACUUUCUCUGAGCGAGAGAAGAGAGUGCCUUUGGAUGUCCUGCUGGUUAGAGAAAUGUUCUUGGAAAUGCCACAGGUUGGCAGGAACUGAAGCAUGUUGAGCAUCUAAAUACAGGAGGCAGUCAUUUUAAAGAUUUUUCACCAACUAGACCUGACGGUGAUUCAGCUGUGGUUCUCCUUGUCACACCGCUCUAGCUGUUAGGUUUCUGCUCUUGCCAGACACUUGUGUCUCUUCUUCCUCCAGAACUCAGACCUUGAGCGCAUCAAGAUGUUCUGUUAUUUCACCCAGGCAUCUUUCCUCACCUUCCUUGUCUUUCUCCUCUGUGGUCACAUCUCCUCUGAGUUUCUUUGAAGCAAUUGCUUCCUCCAGGGUGGCCUGGGAUUUUGUGAUGAGAGUAGAUCUAACUGUGAGGCACAUUUCCUAUGGAAAAACAAUGUCUGCUUUCAAUACUCAGCUUUGCAGGGAAAAAGGAAAUAAAUGUUUAUGUUUCUGA